GCAAGAUCUGAUGGAAUUGUGAUUCACUGUUCUAUCUGCACCAAAAGGUUUUAAAAAUCAAUGUGAGCGGAGACGGAAUUCUGAGAGACACUUGAGGGAGAGUGUUUCAGUGCACCAACAGUGACAAACACUUUAACUAGUUAAACAGCCUGAAAGAAAAUCAUACAAUACACAGCACAGAAGAAACCAGACAUACGUUCUGUGUGUGCACAAGCCUGCACCUCACUGUUAAGCCUGGAGAGGCAUUCCCAGCAUGAAUAAAUCCUGGAAAUGUGCGGACUGCGGGAAGGCAUUCUGUUCCCCAUCUGCCGUCGAGAUCCACCAGCGCAGUCACACUGGGGAGAGGCCAUUCACCUGUUCGGUGUGUGAGAAAGGAUUCAGUGCUCUGUCCAACCUGCUGAGACACCGGCAAGUCCACGCUGUGGAGAGGCCGUUCACCUGCUCCGAGUGUGGGAAGGGAUUCACUGAUAUAUCCACCCUGCUGACUCACCAGCGGGUUCACACCCAGGCGAGGCCAUUCCCCUGCUCUGAAUGCGGGAAGGGAUUCACCGAUUCGACCAGUCUGCUGAGACACAAGCGGGUUCACACCGGGGAGCGUCCGUUCACUUGCUGCGAGUGCGGGAAAGGAUUUACUCAGUCAUCCACCCUGCUCACCCACCAGCGUAUUCACACUGGGGAGCGGCCGUUCGUUUGUUCCAAGUGUGGGAAGCGAUUCACCCGGUUAUUCAACCUGCAAACGCACCAGCGAGUUCACACCGGGGAGAGGCCGUUCACCUGCUCCGACUGUGGGAAAGAAUUCACUCAAUCGUCCAACCUGCUGCUCCACCAGCGGAUCCACACUGGGGCGAGACCAUUCACCUGCCCUCAGUGUGGGAAGGAAUUCACUCGGUUGUCCAGCCUGCAGAGACACCAGCGAGUUCACAAGUGAUCACAGCAGUGCAUGGUGCUGUUCUUGCUGCGGCUAAUCACAUCCAGGACUGAACCACGUUCAUUCUGACAGUUGCUGAAGUGGGAGGUUCAGAGAUUUCCUUUCAGCGGUACUGGCCGCUCACACCACUUCGUUUCCAGUGAAAUGAUGUGUCGAAUUUCACCUGGAUCACUGAAUGAAGUGGAGGUUUGGAAAGUGAAAGAUAUUCGGUUUGCAUUUCAUUUUCUCCAGUAGUUGGCACGGAGACGGUCAGAUUGUUUUGUUAUACUCAGGUGAGCGCUUCUCACAAAAAGUGCUCAACGAGUUGUGAGGUCAGCAGCUCAUCUGGCGACGCUGAGGAGCCAAGAAGUUGGAAAAUUGGCUGUGCCUGGAGCUGAACGAGGAACUCUCCAGUGACCCUCUCAGUGAAGGGCAAAGAGACUUGUGACGGGAGAAAGCUGUCAUUCAUCGGAACAGUGAACGAGGAGGAGGAGGGCCGUUUGAACAUUUCGCGUUCACGCUGCCAUGUGAUAAAUCGUGACAGAUCUGAUUGUAAUGUCCACUCCAUGGUCCUGUCUUCAAAGCUAGUGCAGAGGAUGGAACUGAAAUCUCCCAGACCCACUGGUCCUCCGCAUCAGCUAAUGGGAUUGUCGAAGACUGAGACCAGCUUUGUUACCUGAGACUCCACAGAUCUCAACCUCGAACAGGAUGAAUUAUUUCCCAUUUGUAUAAAUGCUGACAGAAACAAUAAUCGAUAUGGGACAACUUUUGGUUUAAUCUCUGUCCAUACCAUGUUUAUAGCUGAACAAAUUUACUUUUCUCUUGAAAUAACUGCACAGAGACUAACAUUUCGUCAACAAGUCACCCUUCAUUUAAAUGUGGACAGGACACUGGCCAUGGAUAGCCUGUUUGGAGUCUGUCCCUGAAGUGAGGCGACUCAAAAUCUGGUACUUGUACCUAUUGCCCAGGGCUCCAUCGAUUUAACAAUCCCAAUGAAGGAUCUCAUAGUCAAUGAGAUCCACCUGAUUCUAAUCACUCCAGUUGGUGAAACAAAAAUAACAAAGUACUGCUGGAAAUCCAAUACAAAAACAAACAACCAGAGAAUCGCGCAGAUGAGAAAACCGAGUGAACCGUAUUCAGAACUUUGUUAGUUUACCACAUCAGUCACAAAUGAGCUUGAAGCUGAUUGGCUCAUCUGAAGAAGAAAGGAGCCUCGUAUUCAUUGGCUUUCACACGAUGCCUUUUUUAAGAUUAGAUUAGAUUACUUACAGUGUGGAAACAGGCCCUUCGGCCCAACAAGUCCACACCGACCCGCCGAAGCGCAACCCACCCAUACCCCUACAUUUACCCCUUACCUAACACUAUGGGCAAUUUAGCAUGGCCAAUUCACCUGACCCGCACAUCUUUGGACUGUGGGAGGAAACCGGAGCACCCGGAGGAAACCCACGCGGGGAGACACGGGGAGAACGUGCAAACUCCACACAGUCAGUGGCCUGAGGCGGGAAUUGAACCCAGGUCCCUAGCGCUGUGAGGCAGCAGUGCUAACCACUGUGCCACCGUGCCGCCCUAAACUUCUAACUGGUAGGUUGAACACUUGUCUUUGUAUGUACUUCAGCUCCUUGCUGAGAAUUGCAUGUUAUUCAAGCAUGUUGUGCAACAUGUAAGCAACAAUGCAUUCUCCAAAACAAAAACUAUCUGGAUCAAAACUUGCCCCAACAAUGAGCAGAGAUUGGGAGAAGUUAGCGAAUGUACAUGAGCGAAUGGCAGUGGAAGAGUUCGGCUGGAAAUUCAGACAGGACUAAGGACUUUCAGAUGAUUCGACCGAGGGGGGAGUUUUAUAUCCACCAACAGAUUUUGUGUUCCACUCCAGGUUUCGGGAGAUGAAAUGGGAAAUGAUCACCCCAUAUGAAAUGGAAUCUAGUUUAACUUCCCUCAUUUAUUUCUCGGUUUCUUGAUGAAGGUAAACGGGCGAAUUCUAGGCAAUAAAUAUAUUGUCGUGCCUUAUUUAAUUUUGUAUAACUCAUGGCUCUUCCAGGACUUUGUCUUGGCGAUUCUGUCUCACAAACACCGGCUGCAAUCAAACUGAAUGAGGGGGACGGUGUGCUGUUGUUCUGUAAUUACACUACAAUAAGCAGCAAUCCUGACCUGUACUGGUACCGUCAACCUUCCAACGGAGCCGUGCAGUUUCUGCUACACAAAAACCAAUACAGCGAGAAAACGGGGAGUUUUCCACUGGGCCGGCUUUCGUGGAAUUUUGAUCCUGUGAACCGCACUAUCAAGCUGAAUGUGUUGAGUACAGAACUAACAGACUCCGCAGUGUAUGACUGCGCACUGAGUCCCACAGAGAAUGAGAACUGGGCUGACCCUGCACAAAAACUCGAAGAGCAUCUCUGUACAUGAUUGUGUGUUCAGCAAACAGCAAGAUCGGGGUCUAUCUGAAGCGAUUCUCGAGCUCACAGUGAUAUCUGACACUUGUCAUUCCGACACAAAGCUUUAAUUAUUAUAAAUCCAUUAUUGAAAUCAACAAAUGAUUGCGUGAAUGUAAAACAAAAAAAAACUUUCUUGUGCAUUUCAUGAUGUUGGAAAAUGCUGUGACAGCGAUGAGCUGCUAUGGAAAAUUCAACAGCUAUGUUUGAUCCAGCAAAACCCUCCAGUAAAACGGAACUGCAGCAUUCAGUUUGAGGGAAUAACUUGCCACAGGAUUCUCAUAAUGUACGUUUAGAAUAAUCCGAACAAUGUCAAACAUAUUGUGCAUUAUUGAGUACUGCCCCUGUACCUUCACGUGAACCAUUCCAGAAUGGCACGUUGUCGAUUCACAGGCCAAGGGUAACGCUGACAUGCUUUAAUAUAUCAAGAAGUGGAUAUGAUGUAACUCACAU